AUGGAUGAUCCGAAUGCGAUUGAUGAGAGACGAAGCACUGACAAGAAGGCUUCUGAACGGCGGCAGGUCAAUGAAGGGAACAAAAGCGCCAAUAUAUUGACACGCCCAAUGGCGACUAUACAAGAUGACGACGAACGACUGCUUGCGCGCAUUGGAUAUCGGCAGGAGCUUCGGCGAGAGUUCACGAAGUGGUCAACAGUCUCCUAUGCCAUCUCGAUCCUCGGAGUGCUUGGAUCGCAACCAGCAACAUAUGGUAUACCGAUAAGCCUAGGGGGUCCGGCUACGGCAGUAUGGGCAUGGUUCGUCGGCAGCAUCAUGGCGUAUGUCAUAGCGAGCUGCGUGGCAGAGCUGGUCUCUGCAUACCCUACCGCUGGCGGAAUGUACUUUGUCACGAAGCAUGUUGUGCCCAAGGAGCAUGUUGCCAUCUGGGCCUGGGUGAUUGGGUGGUGUAACUUCCUUGGCCAAGCUACUGGGGUUGCCUCGCUCGCGUACACGAUCGGCCAGAUGAUUCUGGCUGGCGCGAGCAUGAACUCGCGAUAUGCGGAUGGAAGUUAUGCUUAUGCUCCGAAGCCUUACCAAACGGUGUUGGUCGCACUGCUUACCCUGGUGAUAUUUGGGACCGUAUGCUCCCUCACAACACGAGCACUGCACCGCAUCAUUCUCGUCUUUGCGCCGAUCAACGUGCUGGCUACCAUCAGCAUCUGCAUCGCUCUUCUCGUGUUGACACCGGACAAGCGAAGUGCCACAUUCGUCUUCACAGAGAUCACAGAUGGCUCAGGUUGGGACAGCAAAGGCUUCUCAUUCUUGCUGGGCUUUCUGAACGUCGCUUGGGUCAUGACAGACUAUGACGGCACAACGCACAUGUCGGAAGAGACGCACGACGCCGCCAUUCGUGGCCCACUUGCCAUCCGGCUUGCGGUCUUCGUAUCUGGCGUGCUUGGAUUCUUGCUGAACAUUACCUUCGGCUUCUGCUUGACGGAGAACUACGUCGAGGACAUUAUUGGCUCACCCACCGGUCUGCCAAUCGCGCAGAUAUUCUUAAAUGCUGGCGGUCGAAGCGGCGGCACGGCGAUGCUCUUCUUCGUCAUCCUCGUGCAGUUCUUCACCGGUGCUUCCGCGCUGCUGGCCAACGCACGCAUGACUUACGCUUUUGCGCGAGACGAAGCUCUACCUUUCUCGAACGUCUGGAGCAAGAUUAACGCGGUGACCGGAACACCAGUGAACGCCGUCUGGCUCGUCACCACCUUCUGUGGGUGCCUGAACCUCAUUGGCUUGGGCUCGACCGAAACCAUCUACGCCAUCUUCAACCUCUGCGCUCCCUGUCUAGACCUCAGCUACAUCGCCGUCCUCUUCGCUCAUCUGGUCUACUCAGGCAGAGUCCACUUCAUCGAAGGUCCAUUUACGCUCGGCAGACUCAGCAAACCUCUCAACAUCCUCGCGAUCAGCUGGGUUCUCUUCAUCAGCGUGGUGUUGUUCUUCCCGACGACCAGACCGAUCACAGCGACGAACAUGAACUAUGCCAUUGUCGUGGCGGCUUUUGUUGGGCUGUUCUCGUUGAGUUGGUGGUGGGCGGGAGCGAGGAAGAAGUAUACUGGGCCGAGGACGCAGGAUAUCAUGCAGUUGGUUGUGCCGGAUGAUCCUGGAGAGCCGCCUGCGUUUGAUGAUGUAUGA